AUGUCCGUAAGUAAAUCAGCUCUGGUUAAUAUGCUGAUCUCAGAUACACCUAAAACUUGCUCUACUUUAUAGCACCUGCAAGUCUGUGAAAGACUGCGGGGAAAACUUCUAAUGAAAACUUUCACAUUGUGUAUUUUGCACGCCUAUUUAGACUGUUGUCUAAAAAACAAUAAAAUAGAGCGAACUAAAGGAAAAGAAAAACCUCAUUCCUAUGUUGGCGUACAAAGGUAUCUUCAUCUAUCCUGCAGAGACCUAAAGUACUGAAGCACUUAAAUAACACCGCUCGCACGUAAAUUAGUUGUUAAGAUUUGCAUCUUAUACAAGAAAUUUCAAGACGUUCAUAUUUAAAUUUGCUUCAACUAGAUUCCCCGAAUUCCAUCGGCAAUUGAACGUGGUACAAACUAGUCUGCUUUAAAGACUGGAACUUAAUUUUUAUAUCUUACUGUAGGAAGAAAUUUACCUGGCAAGUUCUGUUCUAGCGGAAGAUCCAGACAGAGUUCUAGACUAUCCAGCAUAAUCUGGAUAUCUAGUCCACUGAUCUCUAUGCGUACGUUAUAGGAAUAAAAAUGUGUUUCAAACUCAAUAAGAUGUAAGUUAUAAUUUAACGAGUAUAGGGUGACCGUAGGGCAUUUACACUAAUUUUAAUCCGAACUGAAUGGCAGCCGUUUCUGUGGGUAAGGCUUUUGAGACAGAGAUGUUUAGACCUUUUUAAUUUUAAAAUUUACCCCGUGAAAACCCUUUAUCAGUUUCUAUGCUAGUCUAGGUAUUGAAAUUUUGCAUAGGUUUGGAUACUUUGAACUACUAAUGAAAUAGAUGGCUUUGUAUGGGCAUCAGCUAUGUGUUAAUAGAGUUGCUUCUGGCAAAAUGGAUAUGGUAAUUCAGCUCUAGCCAAAUUGCACUAAAAUAUCAUUUGGAACGCUUUGCGUAAACGCAAAAGUCAUGCUUUACUCACAAUUGUGUUUAUUAAUUGUUGGGAAACAACCAUAUCACACGCGACAUUGGUGAGGUUUCCUAUAACCUUGAACGUCUAUUGUUUAAUUUUUCCAGUGUUAAGGUCUAAACUCGGGCAAACCAAACAUGUUGUUGAGUUCUCUACAGUAAGCCUGUUAAAAAACUUUUAAGAGUGCUGCGAGUCUUGUUGUUAAAAAAUCAAAAAACAUAACUACGCUUGCCGAGAAGGACGUUUAACGUGAAGACUACGAUGGAAAUUUAUUUUGGUCAGGUAAACGCUUUCACUUGUGUUUUUAAAUAUUUGCUCCUGUGUUAAUUAAUUUUUUGUUAAUAAGGACUUCUGACCGAUACUUACGCAAAAUGGCUUAUUGCGGUUUUAACUUAGUAAACUUCAUCUUCAGAGUUUUUUCAUUUUCUCUGCAAUGGAACUUUAGCGCUUUAUAAAUACUGCACAAAAAGUCAAAUCCGCGUUUCCAGACUUCUUUUUAAUUACUAAAUGCAGCAUAGUUACAGACGUCUUUAAUUAGGCAAUGGCAUUAUUCACGCUUUCAAUCAAAGUGUCACUAUGGCAUUUGAAAAGACAAAUUAGCCAGAGAGGAUUUCAUGGCAAAUAAUGUCAAUGUAUUUUUGAAUUUUUAAAGAGACUACGUCAGUACAAAUGUCAAGGAUCAUAAAAAAAGGUAUUGUGUGGACUUCACGCUCAAAUUACGCAAUGUUUUUUCGAGGAUAAAAUUAAUAAUAGAUGGAUCGUAAAAUAUUAAGAACCGCUGUGAAAACAUGCGAGAUUUUAUGAGGAAAAGGCAGGGUGUUUCGCAUCUGUAAUCCCCAUUGCAUCUGAUUCAUCGUAGUGGGAACUAAUUGUUAAGAAAAUAUGUCAUUAAAAGAUGUUUAAGAUAAAAUAUAUAUACCACAUUUUACGGUCAGUUCACUAAAGCUAGUCAUGCCAGUAUACCAUCAAAUUAAUUUAUGACGCCAACUAGAGGGAGGCUUUCGUCGAGUUCUCGAUUCUGGGAGGCAUAAAAACGCUCUGAAUUUUUCAUUUUCUACGUAAGAGGUGAGUUGACGGACAUGGAAUAAUAGUCAGCUGGCGGUAAUACUAAGAAAUCCAAGGGAAGCGUGCUGCUGUCGACCCAAAAAGGUAGGGCUGACCCAGGGUUCAAAAGUGUGCAAAAAUGAAAGGUAAUUAGAAGCACAGUUGGCCAGACGUCCCACUACUGAACCAUUCGUCCAUCGCGGAUGGAAUUGUCACACUGGAGUACCCAUUACUAAUCUAGCCUGGUUUCAGGAGAAAAUGAAGACUGCCUGCUUUACUUAAAAUUAUGACAAACCGUAGCAUAAAUUAAAUACUCCGUGAUAAAGACUCAUUGCUUGGGAUGUCAGGGAGGCCAUCAUGGCUGUUUCUGGUAAAUGUGCAAUCACUAGCAAAUUAUGACUCUGCCUUGCCCUGCGAACACUCAAAAACUCGCACAUUUCUUUAAAAACAAUUUGGAAAAUGCAAAAUGUAUCGCUGGUGUUACAGGCUUUCAAACCUCGCACAGUAAAAAUAAUAUUUCAUCAGAUUUCAGGAAAUUAACAGGCGGUCUCAAUGGCAUUCAAACCGACAGCAGAAAGUGCUCGGUUUAGACACAGCCAACGCUCAUAUGCGGACCACAUUUUCUUUGCAAGCUACUGCAACUUAUGAAAUCUACUAAUUCUGACAAAUAAGCAAAUUUGUCAAAGAAAUCACCAUAAAAUUCGCCAAUGAAUUAGUACGUAAACUAAACUGAUGGAUUUCUUAUCUCUUUAGUUUAUUGGACAGGUAAGUUGGCGGAAAUAAAGAAAACCUAGAGCUCUCAGUCUCAGCUUAUUACGUUAUGUGGUUGCAGCACUGGCUUUAAUGAAGCCCGGUCAAUUCUGUCAUUGAUCCCAAUCGACCAAGAGCACCAAGCUUCUCACAACUUGGUAUUCAGUUAAACCAAGAAAAGCUAACAGUAAAUAUUAGUAAGUGCACUGUUGGAAGUUAACUAUAGGAAAAACUUACCCUACAGUCCAUGAAAGUUCGAACAUCGGCUUUGACGAUAUCUAUCGUGUGCUCACAACGGGCUGAAUACAGGCACGGUGGCUUGUCGGGAAUUAGAUUAUAGUGGUUGUUAACUUGCGCAGUACUCACCUCAUCCGCCCCUCCUUCCACAUCUAGGCUCAGUAUCAAGACAUAGUCCAAAAACCCUAGAGGGGGAUAGGACGCAAGUGUGUAGCAUGGCCGGACCCUCAUCUAGGCGUACCACCACACCACCUGGUCCACAAAAACUCUUUACAAGAAUUGUAUAUACCGAGAAAAAAAGGAGAGGACAGUUUAAAACACAAAUUAACGGCGCGAGAGCCUGCGACUGGGCCUGAGCAACAACCCUAGUCCACAGUACACGCGGACCAGAAUUUAGAUCCCGACAAAAGCAACGGUGACGACUGGCGCGGCCUGGACUGCUCGAAGACAUGCCUCCAUACUUGGCUCGGAUUUCCACAGAGGUCACAUAAUGAGGGGGCCAUUACAGUCUAGCUCUCAACCCACAAGUCUGCAACUAUACAUAAAUACAUAUGCUGGAAUGACUAAGAUGUCUACAUUAUCCGUCAGUUGACAGCCUUCCAAUUCAUCUCAGAAGGAGAAGGAUGGCCCAAGUCACUGGACAACCAUGCACCGGCCUGAUUACUUACUGAGAGAGCAAACGCAUCUACCAACAUGAAAUCAGUUGCCUGAAAACUUCCGGCGCAUACCAGGCUGCGAGGACCAUGGUCUUCUGAAGCGUGUAAUAGCACACGCACAUAAUCCGUAAAGCCCACAAGGGUGCGACGUAGCCCUGCAUGUAGUCUAGACCAUUAUCCCUCAGGACCGGGUAACCAUUCAGUAAUCUUCUUGGAAGCACUACCCAUAAAUACUCCCACACUCCUCGCAAGCGUGAGAGUGCAAGUGGUCACAUAAAGAUGGAGACGUUGUAGGGUUACUCUCGGCCCACACAAACACACAACUGGGCAGAUUGCAAGGACUUAGUUGGUGCAUCAGUUAGCAAUUUUACAAGCCACGGUGUUUGGUCCCACAGUUCGACCCUAUUAGGAGUGAGAAGCACGAGGAUGACUGGGCAGCCAUGCCCACCACCUGUAUACCCAGCGGGGGCACAAACGCAUCUACCGACAGGGAACCAGAUGUCAGGAAACUGCCAGUGCGUACCAGGCUGUGGAGGCCAUGUUUUUCUGAUACUGAUAUAGCACACGCUUUUAUACCUUUUGAACUAAAAGGGCGACACGUAGCUCUGCAUUUAACCUGAACCGUCGCCCUUCAGGGUUGGGCGCUUGGCCCACCGUGAUAGUCUCAGGCUCAGAUAACAGAUGCAGCAGAGUAGAUACCUUGAGAAGGAGUUGAGGAGCACAUGUCUCACGCACCUGGGUAUGCUUACGUUGUGUGGUGAUUGGUACCGUUGACGUGUUUCCUAAGCGCUGAUGGCGAAAGGUCUGGUGAUGUAGUAUGACUGGCGAUGGUCUACGCAGGUUUCAAUGAAUACGCAUGUGGCCUUGUAAGUCCAUGCGCAAGGUGAAUUUGUGAAGGUAAUGCGGGCAGCUGAUGAAAGUGCGUCUGAUGUAUGUGGGUGCUUCAGCACUGGGCUUCCAGUCUCCUUGCACUGGAUUCGCGAAUGACCGACCAGGCAGAUGUGUGAGGUGAAUGUGCGAUAGCAAUGAGGACAGGUUGGGACAGAGUACACAUAGCUGGAGAUGAUGAUGUUGAUGGUGGUGGUGGUGGUAGUAAGUGACGGGACGUUGGAUGUCGUCCCAUUGGGGGGCAUGCGAGAGGACGUGGUGUUGGCGGUGCUAGUCACUGUGAUUAACGCAGAGCGAAUGAUUUCGAAGAUCGGUGGCGGUGGGACAUUGGCAAUCUGACCACAGAUGACGGGGAUGGUCGUCGUCGCGUUAUUCGCGGUGGUGGGGGUGAUGAUGGUAGAAGUGUUCGUGGAAAGAGAUGACGUUGCCGGGUUGUUACAGCAUUGUUUCCGAUGGUGUCCUACAAGGCCAAUUCUCGAGAGGAUUGUGUCUUGUCAACGCGGGCAUGUUGGCAGCGGUUAGAUGUUGGCAUUGACGGAUCGAAACAUUUGUGACUUGUGAGUCUGUCUUCUGGCUUUGCGGCGGCGAGCAGGUUCGCUUCGCAGAUGGCAGCGCCAGUCUGUACUUCUAUUUCCCAGGCUUUCUGUCCUGAGAGAGCUUCUCCCAGGUCUCCGGGUUAAUCUGAUAUUGCUUCAUGAAGUCCUUCGAGGGUACUUUCAGCGUAGUUUCUGUCCUCUUUGACGACGAAUAUCCGAAGUGAUAUCUUUGUAGAAGAGUCGUUUCGAUAGACUUGUAUUUGCCAUUCUCGCGAUAUGGCUAAUCCAGUGCCGUUACAGUUGCCUUUACAUAGGGUGGAGGCCGAGAAUUCCUGUCCGUUAGAGAAUCUCUAUGUUUGGGAUCCUGUUUCGCCAUCUCAGUCCCAGUAUUUUGCGGAGGCAACCGAAAUGAAGUGGCGUAGGUUCUUGGUAUGGGUAAAGUAGACGGUCUAGUUCCCCGCUCCGUACUGAAGCGUCGUUAGGACAAUGACCUUGUACAUCUUCAGUUCGGUGUUCGAUUGAAGACCGUGACAAUGCCACACGGAGUUCUGCAGCCGGUCAAAUGCUUGGCUCGUCGUCCAACGUGACACUGUGCUGUCUAGGUAGUUGAAGUUGCUCACGGUCUUUAGUUCGGUGCCGUUCACGUGAAUGCGAUGAACACUGUACUUAGCGUUUGAUGACUGUUGAUGUAUGACCACCGUUUCGUCCUUAUUGGUGGUCAGUCCGAUGUUCAACAGUCGGAGGCUAAGAGGUCUACCUUGACCUGUAUGUAAAAUUCGGUCGCGGUGUUGAACGCGCAUUCGUCAGCAUAGAGCGUGUCGUGGAUGGCAGUCGUAGAUAGCCGACUUAUGGCCCUCAUGCAUUUCCUGUUGAGAAUUUAGGCGUCCGUUCUGCAGGUGAUGCGUAUCCUAGGAUGAUUAUCAUGGUAGGCGACAACCGUCAUGGCAGAAAACAUGACGCUGAGGGGCGUGGGGGUUAGUAAACACACCUGCUUCUCUCGAUGACUUACUCCGAAUGCCUCGGUGAGUACGUCGUCGUCCGUAACACGCACCAUCAUCCCGGCGUGGAGCUGGCGCACCACGCUCAGGACAGCCGAACGUCAGCAUGAUUCUCCAAAAUCCUUCGAGAUUCCCCAUGUCGGCGGCCGUCCUCAAGUCCACGAAGAUAGUAUCGAGGUUGUUUUGCAUCUCCUGGCACUUCUCCUGUAGCUGACGAGCAAUCGAAAACAAUAUCGGUGGUCCCGUGCUGUCGUCGGAAGCUACGCUAGAAUUCCGGAAUUAGUCCUUGCUCAAGAUAGCCGUUGAGACGAUUGAGAUGGCAAGCAAAGAUCUUUCCAGCGAUGGUGAGUAACGAGAGGUCUUUGUGGUUACCGCAGAGUUGGUGGUCCACUUUGCGCUUAUAAAGAUUAACAAUGGUCGCGCACUUGAACUUCUGAGGGAACUGCCCACAGAGCCACAUUUCCCGGAAGAGCCUUGUGAGAUGAGCCAUGGGUCAUUGGCAGCUGCGUUUACAGAUUUUAGUCGGAAUCGCAUUGGAGCCCGGUACUUUCCCUCCGGAGAGUUGUUGCACAGACGGGGUUUUUCUUGAAGUGAGGACGAGAGAUCCAGGUCGAUGCUGACUUCCACUUGAGGGAGCCGGUCGAUGGAGGCGUCGGAGAUUGUAGAAGGACGGUUGAGGAAGCUUCUGAAGUGUUCGGUCCAGCGCUUCGAAAUCUGCGACAUCUCCGUCAUUAGCGUUGAACAACAGAGCUGAGACGCGGCGUGGUUCAUUUCGUUGGGGGCCGUAGAUCACCUUGGUCGCAGCGCGGAACUUCCUCUUUUCGUUGCGGUUGGCAAAUCCCUGGGUCUCCUCGGCCAUGUAACCCAUCCAGGCGGACCGCACUUCUCGUAAAUGUUGUUGCGCAAAGCGGCAGCAUUGAUAGAAGGCCGUUUUGUUUGCGUCGGACGGACGGGCAAUGCAGGCUCUGUGCAGCCUGCCUUUCUCGGCUAGCAGGUUAUUAAUGGCCAAUUCGAAAGAACAGUAUCCAACUUGCCUGGUGGUCGCUUACCCUGUCACCUCCUAAGGGUUUGCGGACGGAGCCUCAUUAGAGUCUGUCCAGCCAUCGGCGUCGCAGAUCGUUUUCGUCACCAGCACGUCCUGUCGGACGAGAACGUAGUUCAGCCGUCACCAGCGUUGAAAUCGGGGAUGCAUCCAGGUAGCCUUCUCACACAUCUGCAGGCAGAAGAAGAUAUUGGUCAUCAGGGGGCGGUGUUCAGCGCAGGUUGGCAGGAGAGGGACACUAUUGCCGUUGCAUCCGCUGAUCCCGUAAAUGCCCUUAAAGCUGCGUAGCCUGUCCCGACGCGCGCAUUUUAGUCGCCAAGGGCAACCAGUUUGUUCGCCUUCGGUGAAGACGACUGAAGGGCAUGCAGGUAUUCGUAGAACUUUGUCUUCGCCCCAUCUAAGCCAGUCAUUGUUGGGGCCUGGACGCUGACGAUAAUGGCGAAUUUGCCUCCUCUAAGAGGCAGGCGGAGGUUCGUCAGGCGAUCGUUGAUGUCCUGCGACAGACGGGACAGCCGUCCCAAGAUGUUGUUUCUAUGGCAAAUGCGGCGCCCAUGUCACAUUGCUCUGACAUAGGGCUGUAGCUCCAGAAGGUGUGGUCGAUACUCGCCUCUCCAGCUGAACUCGUUCGGAAAACCGGGUCUCGCUGAAAGCAGCGAUGUCCAACUUGUAAUGCACCAGUUUUCGAUCGACUAGCGCCGUACCCCAUCUCGGUCGGUUGCUGCGCGGAUUACCUAAAAUGGUUUGAACACUGUAUUUGCAUAAUAACUUUGGCGGAAAUUUAAAUUUCGCUGCUCAUGAAGCAUGCGGUUUGCCGUAAGAUGUUCUCAUAUAUGGCCUGGUUGAGCACAGUUAACGCUUAAAUACAGUACCUUGUCGGCUGGAAGAAUUUUCUGCUUGAGAAAACAAUCUUUUUGAAUGUUCUUCUUUCCACUUAGGCAUUGGCACGUCAUAAUGCUCGAUAUCGUGAUACUCAUAAUUUUCACAUUUUAAGGCUAAAUUUACAGUGAGGCCCCUGGUCAUUUCCUCUCACAAACCUUUAAGCCGAUUUUAUUUGAAACACGCAUAUUCCUUGGGACAGCUCACAUCCACUGCUUCCAUUUUACGAACCACACUUAUACAGAGACGCCAAUGUGGCUUAGUGCAUUUUUAUCUAUAGCUUCGGAUCAGUGAGACAAUACAGCAAGAAGCAACAAUGCUGCUGGACCUGCGAGGAAUGUCAGGCAAACCAAAUAAUAUUAAAUUUAACAAACUGUGAAACUUGUCCGGACCAAUACUGGCCAACAGCAAACAGAACUGUCUGCGAGCGCUUGAAGGUAAGAAAUUGUUUUUCUGUUUUCGUUUCUCAGUCCAUCUGCAAUACAUUGAGGUUUUGGGAAUUUUUUAAAGUUGCAAAAAUUCAUAUGCAGCAAAUAAGAAGAACAUUUGGAGAACAUACGCGCGCUUUCGAUAAAUUCUUAUCAGGCCAGUACAUUUAUAUGGAAAGAAGGUACAAAGUUAAAAGUGUGAGAGUUAUGCAGUGCCGUGUCACAAGGGGGAGGUGGGAAAACGGUGUCGCGGAGAUAUGCAUGAAGCUAUUCGAUUAUCGGCGACGGUAGACGCAAAGCGUGCAAGAUGUACUUCUGCGCACACAGUACCGGCCUCUGUAGCCUGAUGGCAGUUGCUUCUGCUGUUGCUACUAACGCCGACCCAGUCGUUCUGGGUGACUGAGCGGGGCCUUGCAAAUCACACAAACAGCUUCGUCGGGGUUCACACAAUGUCCAGAAUCAACCGCGUGUGCGAGAAUGGAGCCGUGGAUGCUCUUAAUUUCACCUUAAAUCAGCCAUUCCGGCAGCUGUUCUCGUAAUCUUGUCCAUAGUAUCUGAUUCGUGCGACUAAAAUAGCCUGCUACACAGCAGCAAGUGAAUGGGUAAAUGCGCAUGAAAGUGGUCUGUCCUGGUAGUCUAACCAUACAUUUACCGCUCAAGAAGGAGUUUGUCGAGAACAAUACUUGAGCUCUACCUGUCGGGAAGGCCCUCGAAACGGCUUGGUCAGGGCGUUUUCUCAGGUGUUCCCUCGUCGCGUCCCCUUGAAAGGGAACUUGCGAAACAGGGUCUUCUUUUCCGCCGUCGGUAUGAUGAGUUUUGUCACUAUUUUGGUAAGAUUCCUUACAAAUCGGGAUAUCCGUUCUCGAGAACCAGGUCCAGGCCCUUUCUAAGUUUUUCAUCAAAGUUAUCUGCUGAACAGAUUUUUCUAGCCUUUUGGGCCGACAACGGACUAGACUACGUUUCUAUUGACGGAAUACGAAACUGCUAAAGUUCGCAUAUUGUCCAGACCAGGUGUCUUUUCCCUAGAUGCUUCUUCGAAUUCUACCGUCAGCUCUUGUGCUUAGAAGAACGUCUAGGAAAAGGAGGACGCCUGCCGUUUUCACCUCCAACGUCAACCUGAUUGACAACUGGACUUGAUUUACGGCAUCAAAGAGGGUGGUUGUGUUGGCUUCUCUGGUAGCAAUUGCGAAGAUUAUGUCAACGUGGUGCCCGUAGUGCCUUAGAUUAUUGAUUUGGUCGUUCGACUGAGAUUCCUCCAGCUUGACCGUGAAAACAUCGGCUGGGAGAGGACCAAGAGGCGAUCCCAUAGCAAUUCAGUCUAUUUGUCUGUAUCUUAGGUUGUCAAAAGAAUUGUACAUUUUGUGUGUAUUUUAGCAAUAUUUCCAUGAAUGCGUUUGCGGUAAUGCCUGUUUUUGUUGGUUGAUUAACAGGAAUUGACAAUGAGAUUUUUUGCACGACAUUUAGUUCCUUCUGUAAUAAGACGAAAUUAAUGCAUUAAUUGACUGGUUCGUAUUAAAUGGAAGGUAUUGCAUGAGAUAUAAAUGAAAAAUAAGGACUUAUUAACGACAAUGUGGCAAAGUGCUGAUGAAUACAUGUUUUGGCAGAUUCUGAAUGAUUCAUUUUGACGCAAGUGUGAAAACUCGGCGCUUCAGUGGAAUUCGAGGCUACGACAGCAAGGCGAAGGUUUUAAUAGGGCCAACACUCUAGCCCUCUAAGCUAAGAUGCUCCACCGGUGUCCAUGAAGUUUAUCACGGUACCUCUAGUGUCUGUGCAGCUUUCUCAAAUACAGAUAAUUUACGCUGGUUGGGCGAUCUAAUGAGAAAGUACUUUCGUGUGUACAAUAUAUGUACACUUCCUAAAGAUGUACUUUAGGUAACGCAGCCGCACGCUAUUUGUAAUAACUGAUGGUCUCAUUAUUUCCGGACGAGUUAAACUUUAAAACCACAUUCAGGCUUGCCUACGCAGCAGGCUAGCACAUGGAUUCAGUUUUACAAGUUUUUAAAUUGCCCGACUUUUCAAUCACAAAUCCUCACAUAAAAACCAUACUUAAUGCAAAAAAUUACGCAAUGGCCUAAUGGUUUGAUUUGCAAUCCUAGCAAAAUCAGUCGCGCGGAAACUUAAAUUUGCUCUGUGAUUCAGUAAAGGAGAGGAUCUGUCAUUGGCGCAACCGAUAGGCGUAAUCCUCCUUGCUCAGUCAGACCAAAUAUCGGUCAAAAUUGAGAAAACCGCAGUCUUGUCCCGUUUUCGAACAACUUCCCUGAAUCACAGUGUGCACAGAAUUAAUCAUUGCCAUUAUAUACAACGUUUGGAAUUUCGCACACAUAAGAGUCCCGGUACUACGUUACACUCUUUGAAGGAGUUGUUCCUCAUAUACAGCAUUUUUAGGCCGAUUUUAUAAAUUUUGAAAAAAAACUCCUUCGAUAGAUUUUGAUUAACCUUUGGAGGAAAACAGUUAUUAAUGCCAGUUAACAAGAUUUCCUAUAACCUAACAGAGAGCAUUCUGGUGAAAAUGUUAUUAGCAUGGUACGCGGGUUGAGCCAGUUACUCUGGAUUAAAACACAGGCAACGCAAAGAAUCAGAGUUUUCACAACGAUAGGGUCGAUUUUGGGGUUAGAUUAAAUUCAAGUCGCGUCUUGUGAUUCUUGAUGACGGAAGUAUAGGAAGAGGUCAGUUUAACAAGACCAGCAGUCGAAUACAUUUCACGAAGACCUUUAUUGUUAUUGCUCCUUACAUCACAAAUAUCUGACACUUAAAAUAUCUUAAAGCGAAUUUUUGCCAUUUAAUUACUUACAUAUAUGUGGGUGUAGACUUCGCACCUGCUCUCUGUUGCCUCACAUUACGUGUAAAGAAGUUCGGUCUGCCUUAGUUAGUGGAUGCUUUACUUACUUAAAACAAGGGGUAACAAAUUAUUUCAAAAGCAAGAUUGUUGCCAGAGUCAAGUAAAAGCUUCAAUUCGAGAAGCCCUAUGAAAUUAGAUUGGUUGAAUUGUUACCGUACCAAUAAGCACUUCACCCCAAAUGAGUACCUACCCUAUUUACUUAGAUUUACUGUUAAAGCGUUCCUUUGUCAGAAUAUUCUACUUCGUGAUCUACUAUUGUGGCUCUGUCGACUAAACUUCAUCUCAUAUUUUUUUCUAACCCACCACACAGGCAACAUAAACACCGCGUAAUAAACUUUAUUUUUGGUUAACUUUUGUCACUUUCGUAAAUCAAAAAGUUUGUGACAGUUUUAACCAGAUAUUUUAGGAAUUUUACACGAUACAAGAACUCAUAAUAGUUUUUUAAGACUGGUAUUUCCCAUCCUCAUUUUCGUCAAAAUUUAUGGAAUUCUGUUAAAUGCCACUAAUAUUUUCGAAUCUAAAAGUCUGGUGUAAUUUUCUUCAGAAGCACAUGAAAGACUGCUUUCCAUGAAAAAUCAAAAUCAGCCAAAGGCACUGUGUUUCGCGCUUUAAUCAGUAGAUUCGCAUAGACGCAAUUCCUUUCUAGAAACGAUCCCGCAUAAUUAUUAUAAGGACAGCAAAAGGGUUUUGCUAGUUUAUAACCUGUUUUAAUUCAACCCAAAAAUGUCGAAAUACUUUCAGCUACGAAAUAAAAAAUGCCUACGUAAAUGACAUUUGACAUGGUAUAAGUAUUACCUUUCAAACUUUUGACUAUCCAUUCUUGUGUGUUCCCUUCUCUGAAUAGUUUAAAUGUUAGCACUCAACUUACGCUUACCGUUCCGUUGUUUUAUAUUAGACAAUGUGGAAAUGAACGUCCCAGGAGGGACGCAAGAAUCGCUCAGCUCAAACUAACUAAUAAAAGAGAAAAAAAAUAUAACGAAAGGUAGAUUUAACUCGGCAUUUUCUGUAGACCAGCUAAGUAAUAAUCAGGAUUAUUUGGAAGGAGUGGAAUAUAAUGACUCAGGGAAAAAAGGCAUGUUUAACGAUUACCAAAGCUACAUCUGGAGACAUCAGUAGAGGGAUUCUUAGGUUCUGAGAAUGCACGUCGGUCUAGAGUCAAGGAGUUAGAUUCCCUUUUAUCACUAGCAAAACUGCUCCUUAGGCGAGAGAAUUUAUAAGAUAUUCGAAGUCACGUGUCCAGUUCAUGUUUUCGGCAGCUUGGAAAAAAAUCUUUCGUUCAAUCCAAAAUCUUUCGUUGACAUACAGUUAAAUCCGCUCAGGACACCCCUACAGAAGGCAGGCUGUCACCGAAUGAGCAUGGUUGAGUGCUGAAGUGCAAAAGCAAACUGAACCUCCGCGAGAUACGUGGGGAACCAGGGAAGGUAAGACGCCGUUUAACAGAGAAAAACUAUUUUUAAGUUCUGCCGUGUUUCCUGCCAAAGCAUUUAAUAAGUCAUCCUCAACGGGCGUACGUUUUCGAUUAUUUCUCCGCUUGAGUACUGGAAGUACGGAUGAAAAUAUCAAGAACAUUACUACAAAAUCAUGGUGAGAACGACCAAAGAUCAGCGAGCUGCAUCGACGAAGAACGCGGACCAUUUGGUAGCUAUGUUGAGACCGUAAUCGAAGAAGGGGCCGAGAUGAAAUGGAUGUAGUUCAUUUGUACUGUCAACCCGGUGAGCGUACGGGCUACGUUUCUAAAUAGAUCAGUGCAUACAUAAGUUUACAACUUAAACUCUCGACAAAACACUGGUGGAAAAUGCUGUCCCAGUGUCAUAAAACUUGUUUUUCUAAUCAAAUAUCAAGCAGAUUAGUGACGGAUGCUCAGUAUAAAAAUAUUUUAAGCCAAACCCACGAUUUGGUACCUAUAACGCUGGAAGAAACUGUGAACUUCAAGUCCGCGCCCGUAAAUUUUUGUCACCAGUGCCCUAAAACAACGUAGCCAAGAACCCGGCACAUCGCAAAAGUACGUUUUUAGAGGAACACGAGAUUAUGUCAAAGCAAGAAAUACUAGUCAUCAACUCCUACAAAAAGUUUGCUGUCAUGCAAAUUAAUAGAAGUGUUUACACUUCAAAGAUCGAGUUCAUUCUGAUGAUACGAGUAAAUUCAGAAUAAAGCAGUAAAAUAAGGAUCAAACCGAGGCUAUAGAAGUCCAAAUCAAAAGGUACCUUUGAAAACUGGAAGAUUAAGUUUUCUUCUGUGAACAAGAGUUCGACUCUAUUAGCCCACUAGCAGACGUACCCUAAUCCUUUUUGAUUUACAAAAGAUUCACAAGCGUGACCUUACUUUACGGCCGAUAUGAGGCAUGUACAAUUUACCUUGUCGCAAAACUUCGACUUGACUAACAGAAAUAUUUAAACCGACCCGACGCAAAAUAACGUUACGCAACCCAUGCAUUACUUAUAAACCCAUUGACUUCCUAAGAAAUUCGAAUCUUGUACGAAAAACGAUGCUAUAAUUAGAUGUCUCGUCUUUGGUUUCUACUAUUUCCCCCUUGGAAACGGUAUAAUAUUUAUUUUGCAUGAGUGUUAAGAAAGAAUUCCCAAAAAACAUUGUUAUCGCUGUUAGAAAGGAGCUGUUUCUUCGUUGCAUGUUAAUUAUUCAGUUCAGACUCGAUAGCCGAUUUCUCCGUUGAAAUAACAGAGUAAUAGUUCAAUUACCCCUUGUACCCCUGCUAGCAAAUUUGUUUAUGAAUAAACUAGAUAAGAACCAAUUCUAUCCUGUUUUAAGGGACAAUAAUUCUUACGCUUGGUAUGUUAAUGAAACUUUUAUGAUAGCAUACGAGGAGCUUAAUUUGAAUAUUCUUCUUGCUAAUGUGAAACAUCAGCCUUCACAUGGGAAACGGAAGAGUGCCUCCCACUUCUGGGCAUCCUACCUAUUACGGCAAUUAACGAAAUAAUUUGUAGACAUACAUUUCACAAAAAGUGCAUGAACAGGACAAUAAACAAGCUUCCAAACUUUUUUUCAGAAAUGAUGCUUAGUCCGCUGCCUAACCAACUAGGUCAGGCGAAUAUGCACUCCGGACACGCUGGGAUAUGAACUACUCUUAUGCAAAAUGCUGCAAGAAAAUGAUAUCCCCGGUAGAUUUGUCACGGAAUAGAUGGAAGAAUGUCCGUCAAAUUCGGACUUGAAACGGCUAAAAAGAAGGAACUAUUCCUAACACUGCAAUUUCGAGGGGACGCGUCCAGCAAAAUUCUAAAAUGUCGUCUAAACCCAGCUAUUGCGCGCAGAUACACGACCGCAAAAUAAGUCUAAUUUUCUUCAAAGCCUCUGCCUGUUCGCCUUAAAAGUAAGUAAAGGCUGUUCCUUCAGACUUAUUCAGUGCGCAUCUACGCCUUCAUUUUCUCCUGUGGGAUAGUUUAUAUUGGGCAAACUACAAAGUGACUAUCCAUGCGGCUGCAACGGUAACAUCCCGCAUGCAUCGUAAAGUCUAUCUCCAGCGCAAUUGGGGUUGACGGCGGCCAUUUCGGAGACGUUAACCGAGCAUCUCGAGCGCCUACGAGGAACUGCAAGUUCCUACGCCAGUGGAUACUUGAGACAGCGGAGGCAGUGACCAUACGGCCAGUCAGCCCGACUUCUUGUGCGCAGAAGGCGUUUUUACAAGCCUUCCAGCCACGUCCACUGUAGUCACGAAAAAUAAGCGCAACUCAUCGUCGGACUCCCUUAGCCCUUCAUCCACCCGGUCACCAUGCACCUGACCGAAUUAGAUCAUAAUCAUAUCUGGUAUCUGACGUGUCUUAACGUCCUAACUCCACUAUCCCAUGAUUACUGUUCACCGACUGGGUUCCAAUUUCGACUGCUCUACCAAAACUUAUUUUACAUGCAUAUCUGGGGAUAAGUAACCGAGACUUCACGGUCUCCGAAUUUGAUUUUUUUGAAAAUGGAUGGUUCAUUGAUAUAAGUCUGGUCUUUCUACCCUUAUUUAAUUAUUUAAAGGAGACAAAAUCGCAUUUAAUUCGAAUAGCAAAUUUAUAAAAGCAAACAAUGGAAAUGGAAUCUUCGGAGUUUAUGAUUGUGUUUAAUUACUUAUGUUUGUAAAGUUUUGCAUAUAAACGCUUGAACUUGAGUCCACAAUAUCUGCAUUUUGAUUUUGGGGCAUUUAUUGCGCCAGGUUAUACGGUGGUUUAACAAGAAAGACAUAUCAAAGUACUUCGAUCACGAGAUCAUGUGAAAUUCUGCCGGAUAUCUUUCAAGUCAUUUGUAUAGACUGCGCGGAGGAAAUCGCUGGCUAAGAACUGCAUUAUUUUCGCAUACUUACGUAUACAAUUUGUAAUAUGUUUCCUAUUCGUGUUACUUUGCGCAAACUGAUAAAUUUGACACACGAGACGAGAGUGUCCUUCAGUUUAAAGAGGGUAGGUGUUUGCAGUUUUGUUACCCAGGAAACUUCGUAUUCAGAGCACGAUUAUCUAAACCCCCUUAUUUGCUCCCCGGCUCUGUAGGCCAAUGUAUAGACGUGCAAAUAAUGACUCCGACUUUGGAAAAAAGCAGUAAAUUUUUUACUCCGACAUAAGUGCUCAAAUGUUUUUGACAACCACUUCUCCACAAUCGUUUGCUUUAUAAAAUGAAUAAAUGGCAUACCAUAUAAAAAUCCUACCAUUUUCUCGUUAAAAAUGCUCUAACAUAAUUGAAAAACGGGAGAAUGACUGAGAAUAUAACAGGUGUUUUAUGUCAGAAUGUGAAAGAUGGAGAGGAUUGGAAUCGCUACUCCUUCCGUUGGCGUUAUUUGGGCUGUGGCGUCACAGAACAAGUAGCAAAAGCGUAAAUGUUAUUUAUUCGGAUUGAAAAAUUUGCGCAACCGUUUAAGCUCUUCCAUUGAAACAUUUACCGGAGGAAAAAGAUAUAUUGUUCCGUUUUGUUUUCUGAACAGAGCUAAUGAUCAGGGAAAAGCUCUUCUAGAGGUAUUUGCUCACGAUCAAACCCAAUGAACUUUUGAUGAUUUAAUGGACCAUUGUUGUGUCACUUAUAUGGCUGAAUGUAAUUUUUCUUCAGAGUUAAAUUGUGGUAAAAUAGCCCUCCAAAUCAUGACUGAAUUAGAAAGAAAAUUUAAAUCCUGUAAAAUGUUAUGAGAAAAGCGUUUUAAUUAAGUUUAAAGGGAGUGAAUUUAUUUUAAGUCAAGGCGCUGUGCCAAUCAUCCCAGCAAUUAUUUUGCUUUGUGAUGGAAUCCAUGGAAAACGGAACAAAAACGUCUCCAUUCAGUGGCCUUACGCAGUUCAUCUAGUAUAACUCUAGUCUGGUUGCUGAUUUAAACAACUCUCGUCGCUUUUUGUUUUAAAAACUGCUCAAUGUUCGACCGCACAAUAGUUCUCACUGAAAUAUUACGUGAAUACAAGACGUGGCAAAAUGAGUACUUCUAAUAUCCACGGAUUUUCUGGCAGUAAGAUAUCUGUUUUUUCACCUUUACUACCUAAGGAAAGAUGAGCGCUUCCGUCAGGACUGGCAGGCGGUCAAGUAUAUCUGCCUGUCGCGUGAGGACAUAAUAUAUUCCUUACAUUUUUUGUAAUUAGAUUUUCAUUGUGCUUGCCAGUUUGCUGGAGAUUUCAUUUGUCCUCAUAAUAACUUAUUAACGUUUUCGAGAAGUAGACGCGAUCGCUGGAGCAAAGUUUUUAUUCGAGUGACGUUUCAAAUUCACACUUUAAGUUGACAUCAAGACCAGAAUUAGAUAAGGGCACAAAGGUUGCGGUAGAUUUGCAAUGCAGAGGUCAUACUGCCGCAGGCUCUAAAAACUGGCGGCCUCCGCAUUCAUCGUAGAUGGUUGCAUGGGGUGCAUAAUGGGCCCACUGAACGUGACAGGGUCCUUAAUUACUGCAUUUUCAUCAGUCCAGUGGGUCUGUGGAAAUUUGACUGACCGACACUGACACUGAACAGUUCUCGCCCACGCGCUCGCCGUGUGGCAAAUCGCUUCGACUAGGCAAAGUCCUAGCAGAGAAUAUGUAGUUGGAAGGUCAUUGCGUUUAGUAAUUGACCGAGAGUCGAAAAACUAUGACUUGAGUAGUUUGUCGCUCAUGUGGUUUCCUCUCCCCGUGGAAAUUUCGGCCUCAACGAACUCCGAUGUCUCACGACUUGGGGACUGGAGUUGUUCAUUUACAAUGCCGCUGCGUGCUCGGCCGUACGCGUAAGGACUAGUGUCCCAGGUUCUCUGGCGUAGCCGAUUUGCCCACGACUGAAUCAUUUCCGGUAAACGACUCAUAACGUUUCCUGCGGGACGUCAUGUUCUUCGACUUUAUGACCUGACGCCUGAAGGCCGUUUCUAUUAUCCGGUCCAACCUCUGAUAAUGAAUUCGGGUGUAAACCCGAAACACUAGGCAAUAAAAACUCUUGUUUCAGUUCUAAUGUCCGCUUUCUCUUGACUAAAUGCUGAGGCUCGUCUUUUCGCUUUAAGCACCAUAAAGUUUUCUUAAGUACACUUGAAAGCUACACUGAAACAGAAUAUAUGCAUAUAUAAAGUUCUGCGAUGUUCUGGCGUCCACUGAUUUGUUUUAGUUUUGCUACGUUACAUUUUAAACGUCUUUCCGAAGCCGCUAGUUCUCUUCAUUUGAUUCAUUCAAGACCUCAGACAGUUUCGUAUAAUUGUUGGAAUCCGUGCAUCUGCAAUAACAAACUACCCUUUUUAAUUUGUUUGGUUGCGACUACUAGUUAGGUGGCCGGUACGUCAACGUCGAAUGCAGGCUUUGAAAUGUGCAAACCUACACUUUUUAUUUAAUCUGUAUUUCGCAUCACCUAACCCGUUUACUUUAUUUGAAUGAUUUAAUCACAUGAAUUUCAUGGCCGCAGAAACUGUCCGCGAAUAUAUAACCACUCGGCACAUCGCUAGGACUAGCUCGGGCAAGGACACAGUAUGCAACCCCAUUCGGGGAACAAAAACCAAAUCAUCAUUUAAUACGAAUUUUAUGGGUGGGGCUAAAGGACGGAAAGGAGAGCGCAACAGUAGGCAAAUUUCUAUAACCCGACAAUUAGGUGGAACAGAAAGAGAGCCGGUUCGGAAAACAAGCACUUCAUUGGCAGACUGCAAACACGAGGGGUUUACAACUCGUCAUAAAGACACCUGAUUUAUGCUGGUCCCUGUGCGCUCUAAAAACAUUCCGGCCGGUCGUGUGCCAGCCACUGAGAGCGUUCCAGAACCUUCCUGUCUAUGGUGUGUUGGUCGCGAAUUGGUCACCGCAUGAACGGAAACCUCUGGAAUGUGCGACCAGCCAUUGAUUGGGCCACAAGCGUGAGCAAAGCCACCACGCGUGUUCGAUGCUGCCCCGCAAGCUAGCUGACUGUAGGAUUUAGGAUGCCACGGCCGGCCCGACCCGCUGCACGGGACGUAGUUGCGUCUACGUUUCGCCACAGGCCCUGGAUCUGCACCAUUUCCGCCCUCCAUCACAUAAACAUUCGGAUAAAUGUUGAGGUGACAUUUUACGUCCCCGCGCUAAAUUUAUCUACGGCUAGUUGCAAAAGAGCACGCGCAUCAGGAACUUGAUCUCCGAGGACUGAUGAGGGUACCAAGACAUCUAGUAGUGCCAGCAAAAGUUGAGCACUUUUUGCAGUUCUUCUAAGUCAUUUUCACAAAAGAAUUAGCUUCCACUUCAUCUAGUCAUGAGAGCACAGAAGCGUCAAUUAUAAAAAAUGCGAAGGCGCAAUAUGCCACGAUAACUUUGUUUUCAUUCCCUGAGUGGGGUCGCAUACUGCGUCCUUGUCCAUGUCGCUUUCCCUUUGCAGUUAGCGAACAAAAGCAGUACGUUCAAGCGUUCAUUUCCGACACUCGGUAAUCCUAAAACUAGUGUCCGGCUGAUUGUUAUCUGUACAAUGAACAUUACGUUAGCCUUCUGUUUGAUGUAGUCGUAUGUAUGUUGGUGCCAAGAGGACAGGAGUUGACCACCAUUUGCCAAACAUCCAGCACAAACCCUGCAUUAAAAUUGAAAAACAGUGGACCAUGUAAUCACUGCAGAGUACAUUGUCUGGGACAAUUAUGUUACUUGCGCAUAUUUCUGGUAACAAAUACUCCACUUCUAAUCGCGGUUUGAGGCUGUUCGAGGCUUUUAGCCCAGUUUUUGCAGGUGGCCCUCUGAAACCUCAAUACCGGGGACGGGCAUCCAAAAAGUGCUUCGACUUCAAAAACUCUUUUAAGCUUUUUUACUAUGGCCUGCAUAAAAGGGAAUAAAGUAUUCACUUUUGUAAAUAACUGCAUGUUUGUAAGGGUUCCCACUCCUUCUUUUAAAUAUUUUGUUUUUUUGCAUCUUCAGCUUCAUUACAUAGAGCCGAACAGCUGGUUCGCAAUCGUGCCGAUGAUUUUAAACUGUAUUGGUAUUUUGGCAACGAUUGGAGUUAUUGUGACGCUGGCUUUAUACUCUGAGACGCCCAUUGUGCGGGCAACUGGUCGUGAACUAACUUACCUUCUAUUGUCUGGCUGCCUUCUCUGCUACUUGUCUUCACUUCUGCUUCUCAUUGAACCGAAUCCGGCAGUCUGCGGUAUUCAGCGGGUCGGCAUUGGGCUGGGUUUUGCCAUCAUGUACGCCUCAUUGCUGACCAAGACCAACCGGCUAGCUCGUAUAUUUGACGCCGCAAAAAGGACAGCAAAGAGGCCUGCCUUCAUUUCCCCACGUUCUCAGCUGGUCAUCGCCGGCGGUCUCAUCGGCCUUCAGUUUGCACUGUCAGCCAUUUGGCUGGGAUUUGACCCACCGGCCACCCGCAUCGAUCCGCUUCAGUCCAACUUCCUUGUGCUCAGAUGCGCUAUCAAAGACAGCAGUUUGAUGACUUCUUUGGCCUACAUAAUGCUUCUAAUCGUCGUCUGCACAAUCCAUGCUGUGAAAACACGUUGCAUUCCGGAGAAUUUUAAUGAAUCAAAGUUCAUUGGAUUCGCCAUGUAUACGACCUGCAUAAUCUGGCUGGCAUUUGUACCCAUCUACUUUGCGACUAUGAGUAAUUUUGAGGUAGGAAUUGAAAGUGACCUUUUCUGCGCAUUUAAACAUAGGUUUCUCUUUUUGUCAUAAUAAGUUACUUUUACAUCUUAAUCGUAAAUCAAAGCUGAUGUAAACGUUUUUUUGCGCCACAAGUACGACACACAUGUUCCAGUUACUACUUCAGCAUGACAGUCCGACCCUCGGUUUCGUCGAUGUCCACCGUGCGUACACAGCAGACGGAGAGCAGGCACGAUGACUUGUGCAUGAAUUAGAUUAAAGGGGUAAUAGACUUGCACAGCAUCUAUCGCAUCGCCUCCUCCCUCACCGAGGCCCGGUGUCAUGACGUAGUGAAGAUACCCAAGGGCGGGAGAGAGAGCAGGUGGCUGGCACCAUUGGACCCACAACUAAGCGUACCACCACACUCCCUAGUCGACAGCAAACACUGGGGCAGGAUUCUAAUUCUUAACAACAAGGGCGGCAGCUGGCGCGGCCAGGAAACUUCGGCACCGACACUAUUUGAAGGUCAGCAUAAAACACAGGAAGCGAGUUGUCUACUUACAAGCAUUUGACAAGAAUAGUUACUACUGUAAGCACUAUUACUACAAAGCACCAGCGGCCGACACUCAUGCGUCCUAGGAGGCUGUGAACUACCACAUUCCAGAAUCCGUGUUAGAGACUAUACCUUCUGAGAGCCCAACGGCAGAUUUCGAUUCUAACUAUGGAACUUCUGGUAGGAUAGCAGUGACAAGCAUUUGGUGCGGAACAAUAAAAACAUGCAUUUAAUAAUGUAGUACACAACGCCCAAUGUCUAAGACAUUUUUUAUCCAAAUAAUGCAAAAAAGAACAGAAAGGCUUAUUCUAGAACUGCACGGCAUGUUUGCGACUGAGUGGUUUUCGCAUUCCUAAAGUCUUUAGUGUUGCAAAUGGAUCCUAGUCAUUAGACAGUCUAGGCAAUACCCCAAUCACAACAAACUAAAAUCUUCAAGUCGAUAUGCUUAGUCUUCAGAAGCGUAUAUAAUUAUAAUUCACCCCCAAUAACCUUUUAGGCUUCCCAAGAACACCGAGAGGGGCGCUUCGUUCACUCACCAUAAUGUGCUUUUAGAUAAAAUGAUCAAUUACUUUGAUUAAAUAUGUAAAGAAUACCAUUUAUGGCGGCAUCUGCGGGGGGCAUCAAUCACAAAACACGUUUCCUAACGAUUAAAAGAGCAAAACGUCAAACAUUGUUAGGGACUUGAAAAGUUCAUUUAUACCAGUUGUGAUCAUAAUUGAGCAAUACAAUCAGGCUCACUUCAUGGAUGCUAGUCCGCGAUAUCGUAGUCACCAGAAAGUAGCUGCAGAAAAGACUUGAUAGUAAUAAUUGCAUUUUUUCAACAAAUAACAGAAAUCAUAGACAAAUUUAAAUUGGAAGCUUCCGUCAUACAGGCUUGCGCCCAUUUGUCGUAUUCACAUAGGAUUAAUCUGUAUGUAUUUCCCAGAACUCAGGCGUCAAAUACUCAAGCGUUGUUUCUGGCUGCAAACUAAAUAAGGAAAAUACUUGCAAGAAGGAUGUAAAUAGUUAAAACUUAUACGUACACAUCGAAUUAAAUUAAGAAUAUCUAAUAUUACACUGGCCUAUGUGGUCAACAGUAAGUAAAAACGUCUGGCUCUGUUCUCUACGAUGACCUGGAUUUGACGGUUUUUUGUUUAUAUCACAUUUGGCACGCAGCGCUAAAUAUUCAGCAGUGUUCUCGUGAUACCUUGAUGAGCAUUGCCUUGGGGCAACAAAACAUGCAUAAUUUUUGUUCAGAUGACAGAGUACUUUCAAUGCAGUAGCGCUCUUAAAAGCAAGAGCAAAGAAACGACAUAUUUUUUUCUACAAAAACGGUCAAAAGUUUAAGUAACGGUCAUGUAACGAAAAUUGCAUGCCAAAAAUUAAAAUACUGAAAGUAUUGUCCAUCUACGCAUAAUACAUGGAACUUUUCAGAAGACUAAAAGGCGUUUACCGCGAAGGGUUUUUGAAGGUUUGACGUUUGGAAUAGUUAUUUCGCCCACUCAUCUUCGGAGACUGGAAGGGCAUGCGCACUUUGCUUGAUGCGUAGCCCAUCAAUGCAGCCUUUGCAGAUGCAUCCGAUCCGCAUUUCAUCAUGAUCUGUGUCACCCCGACCUCAUUGACCGCGGAGAUAAUUGGCGCCCCAAUUGUCUCAAGCCAUGACUAUAACCCGUCCAGAAGGUUUGUAAAACCAGAUAGGGGGGAAAUUAAUGUGGCGGUUGACAGAGCAGUCGGUGGACAUCCAGGCUUCUUACACCUGCCCUGCUGUAUGAUCAUCGCGUCAGCCCACAAUUAUAAUGGCUUCAAAGUUGAUGCGUCAUUUGCUACCUCCGACUUUGGGUCUAAGCUUUGUACGGUGGACUGAUGCUCAUGAAUUCGUCUUUGAAGCCUCGACUUGGUUUCUCAACGUAGUUACACAUCCUGCAGCUGCCUAGGUGUCGGCAAACAACAGUUGACGUCUCCUGUUCAGGUAUAGAGUCUUUCAGGCAUGCGAGCAACUGUUAUUCCGAGUGGCGCGGAGGAUCUAGCCACGGCUUCGACGACUCCAUCUUUGUAUUGAAUGUUCCACCAUGGUUUUGGGUAACUAUACUCUUCAUUCCAUCUCUUUUGCUGCAUUCAGCUUCUUUCAACAAAAGCUGGCACCUGUCGUUGACUUUGAAGAGUUCUUGGAAUUUUGUUUGUGCUGCAGUGGCUGGUUUCUGUUGUAUUUGGGCAUUUGCAGUGUGUUCAUUAGUUUUCUGCAGACUGAAGUUGUCAGUUUACCGUCCGAUUGGCAGCAGACAAGAACAUCUAAGAAUGGAAGUCUGUCCUCCACUUCUUUUUCUUCCAUCGUGGACUGCCGUUUGGGAAUGAUUGAAUUUAGUCGUUUUCCCUAGUAGUUAACUUUAUUCCGGUCGAUGAUUAUAAAAAUAUCGUCAACUUAGCGUUCCCAGAACUUGUGCUUUUACUCCCUUAUCUGUCGCCUCUCGAGCUUUUGCAGAACCGUCACGGCAAUGGGCCCAAUAUUGGUGAACCCAUCGGGAGUGCCCUUACUUUACUCAUAUCUGAUCCAUCAGAAGGCAAAGAAUGUCUUAACUCAGUGCUCCAUGAGCUCUAUGAGAUCUUUUGGGCAUAAAUUAGCCAUGUUUAAGCAAGUAUUUAGAAAGCCUUCCUGGAUAAGAACGGGCAAACGUUUUUGUAGCCACACUAGCAACAAAACUGUCGUAAAAAUCCCCCUGGUAUUGAAUGGCUUUCAAGAUGAAUUCACUACAUCCCGUCUCCUGCUGCCGAGGGGAGGGUGCGUUCAUUACAGGAGGUGUUUUUUUGAAUGUUCCUCAUAUCCGGACGACUUAUAAGUUUUAAUGACCUAGUAUAGUUGAAGAUGGAUGACAUCAACGUCUAUACAGCGUGUAAAUUUCAGCAUUAAUAACUCUUGAAAUACUUUAUUUUUUGUUAGUAUUUCAGGUAGCUAUUGUUUUAAAACACUACAAAUAACGUUUAGUCUCCAAUAUAGUCAACAGACAUUUGCACAGAAUGUGAAAUGGCCUACAUGUUUUCAAAACACUAAUGUGCAUAUGUAAAAAAUUGUUAAUUGUGUCUCUUUUCGUGGACUAGUUAAAAAGACAAAAGUGAAACCUGUUAGUCUGAGGACGGAAAACAACCCAAGAGCGACAAAAUCGGCUUUUGCAUUCUUUAGCGACUGUCCAUUCUAAAGUAGUAUCAAGCAAAACUUUGAACAUGUUGCAUAUUUAUCGUCCUGUCAUAAAUUAAAAGUAUAUACUGCCAAAACACCCGGUGAUUAUAAUCGGAAUUUUCUUUUUCUGUCAAGAGGAUAAAAAACGAGUAGUCAGAAACGUCACCGUGCUGCGCUGGAACAUAAUUACCCAUGCUUUGGUUUCUUCAAUUGAAGUAGUAAUAUUAUUUAAUUUGUUGUCAACAAACCCUCCCUUAAUCCAAUACCUAUUGUUAUGGUUAUGAAUGGACCUUAGUAUUAAAACGCGUUUCUUGUGUAUUCGCAUAACUUUCUAUAAAGGGCUUUUUUAGAAUCCAAUUGGACUUUCCAAUUUCCAUGCCAGUUCAUCUGUGAAUACCCGAAUCGAACCACGCUAAGUUUCCUGUCGAAAUAUUCAGUAUUUUAAUUUGCACAAUAUAUUUGUACCAGCUAAACGAAAGGAAGGGCUAAAGAAUGACACAUAUCUUGACGCGAUACCUGCAAGUGCCUUAAAGCAGUUUUGGCUGUGUAACACUCCUCUAAAGCAAAAAUUCGGUUGAUAAUUGUGUUACUCCUAUACAAAAUGUUUUAUAGUCUAUCCUUUCUCCUUCUCAUUGCCCUUAGUCUCCACUGCAAGCCCUGCAAAAGAAGCUUCUUUCUCGCCCCAUUCUUUUUUUCUUGCCGGAGUUAUGGUGCAUCAAACUUGUCAAUUGUACGGAUACGCUUCUUAAUUAAGCAAAAAUCAACUAUGACAUUGAGACACUUCCCACGAAAUAAGCCGCAACUCCACUUUACUUCAGAUAGAAACUUGUUUCACUCCCAUAUGCAACAUGCAACUAGUACGUACUGUCGGAGUUCAGUUGUGACCCAGCUGAGAGUCUAUGGUUUCAUGGGAAAACUUUUCAAACUGCAAAGAAUUUAUUAAACACCAGCUUUAUUAAUAAUGACGUGCAGAAGUGUCCGAAUGUGAGUCCAAAUGUUCGCUUUAAGGUAUAUUAAUGACCCUUGGAAUAUUUUGGCAACAAAGUGUCGGAAAGAAAGGCAUCAUAAACUAUUUAUUACUGUUCGUUUUUACUUUUUAGAUUCAGGUUUCAACGCUUUCCGUGUCCGUCAGUCUAAGUGCCACGGUUACUUUGGUUUGCCUCUUUGCACCGAAAUUAUAUAUCAUCUACUUUCAACCCGAAAAGAAUAUACGCAAACUGACAAUGAACAGUGGAACUUCGAAUAAAAACAAAUAUGGUACAAUACCUUGACGUUUUUGUUUAUUGGUUUGACGUAAAAUAUUCCCUGUUGGCAUUACUAUGUUUUAUGUAGUUCUUAAUCAGCGUUUUGUUGGCACAUAUACUGUCCUCAUCUUUAAGUCGCGACAUUUCGUUUUCCACUUAUUACAGUUGGACCAGGAAUGAGCACGUUCAGCAAGGACUAUCGAUUUUGCCUGAAGGGUUGCGAAUUAACCACAUUUUUCAUUCAUUUAGCUGCUUUACACAACAAGGAUUGUAACAAUAGUUAGCAGCAUUAGAAAUAAUUGACUCCAGGUCAUUGACAAGGAUAUGCUUCUAGACUUCAGUACAAGAAGAAGAAAAUUGGCUCUCCGGAACAGGUUUAUUUAACUGCUGACGUUUCAAAGAGCUGGGUCGGCUCUUCAUUGUCAAAGCGUAAACUGCACCUAAUCGGUCAGAAAGUUAACUUAAAGUGGCAAGCUGUGUUGGCCGGCCUCAUGCUGAUCGAUUUUUCUCUCUCCUCACGCUGCGUCGGCCUCUCAGGAAAUGGCUGACGGGCGUUUUUUGCCUGUGCACUUUAUGAGUCACCACUCCGUCGAGGGGAGCUGAUUGGACUUUAGUCGGGCGGUCGGUCUGGCGGUUCUUGUUCUUCCUCACCGAGUAAGCUCAGCGUCGGGCUAUCUCCGUGCUGUCUUCUUAAGUCCGGUGUUGUUGUUUGGUCCUGAGCUCUACGGUUGUGAUGACGUAGGACUUUGUAAGCUGCAGGAAGGUCCAGAUGCCUGUUGAUAGAGUGGGCAUCGGAGAACCACGCCUCGAGAGUUAGCCGUUCUGUUUUUGUGUUGCCUCGGCCUAAACGAAUUUAUUCAGCGCAGUUUUGGGCAAGGAUAGUUUUAUGGCUGACUUAGAAAUGUCUACAGUUUAUGGACUCCAAAACAAUUUGUAUAUACAACCACCCAUAAUACCAUUAUUCGAAUUCUUUCCAGGACGACUGUUGACUUAACCAGGCUCGCAGUAUCUAGCACUGCUUUAAUAAGAAGGAUGCAUACCUAAUUGACUCGAACUUAUGCUCGUAUAUACAAAGAAGCUAAAAUUUAAUCGGAUUAUUCACUGUCAUUAAGUUCAGCUCAAAACGGUUUGUUGGCAUUUCGUUCAGGACAAUCACAAACACACAAAUAUUGUAUUUAUUUGAUUGGAAUCCAGAGACAAAUUUGUAUAAAUGUAAAACCUUAGGUUCUGCCUCGAAGAAUGCAAAUAUUGGAUAAGAAGCAAAAUACGCCCCUAGGCUUAUGAAAGAGGCGGUUACGUUGACCCGACCGUAGGUUACUUUUGGCUAACUGUUACACUAUUUAUGUACGGAUUCAUUUAAUUGUUUAUCUAGCAAUUUUGUUUGUGGUUGAACCCGUACACCUUGAGCAGUACUUGAAAACGAAUUGCAUACGGAUUAUUGAGUUUGAUAGUUGCUGGAUUUUUUUCCGUUUUGACACUGCUGUCCGUUCCUUGCGAUUCAACAUAUCGUUCAAAUGUGGCACGUAUUGCCUUUUGUUUUAUAACAAAUUUGAAUCAACAUAAAUGAAAUCCUUAUAAAGUAAAGUUUAUUGUCUCUCUAUUCAUUCCCUUGCUAUUUUAGCAAUGAGCAAGAGUCCUCCUGAGAGCUUUGCUCGUCAAAGCUCAAGCCUCGGCACGGAGUACGUCCUUACCAAUCCGAUGCAUGUCUCGUCCUUGCAACCUAGCGUUCUUUUGACUACUUCCGACUCCAAUCAGAUGUCUUCAGAAAGAGGUAAAUUGACUAUAAUACUGGACGACAAAAAUGUACCACUAAUGUUUACCAUUUCGCUAAAUCUGACUUAGACUUUUGUUCUUGUAAACUUUAAAGAGCGCUUGAAAUCUCCAAGUUAGAUACUCUUUUUAUGACUUUCCCUGGCUUUUUUGUCUUCACUGGACCAAAGUAUUCUAAAAAGAAUACUUUCGACGGCCACUUUAUCUACAAAACAGUUGCGGGCGUUUUCUUGUUUCUCACUGUAUUCAACCGGAAUCAAAAACUUUAGAAAGAUUUCUAUUUGCAGAAUUUAUAGACCGCAUCAAGUCAUUUCAGCCAGUCAUUCACACUGCGUAUACACAAAAGCAUGCUUCAACUGCAACUGCAACUGAUGUACCCAGUCCCCUGAUUUUAAAUGUGUACUCCGAAGCUAAAAGUCAAUAACUUGAGCGCGUUAUCUGAGCCUAUUAUAAUUUUUGACAAAUCACCUCCUCCAUAUCUCUAUUUAUUUCUGAUAAUUGCUUUCAUAACGAAGGGUUUUUUACGUAUUUGUAAACAUCCAGUCCAGCAUUUUUGUAAUGACCUUACAUCGAGACUUAAGAAAUACACCUUAGAAUAAUAGUAUCUUUGUUGCCAUGUGCUGAAAGAAGUCCACAUUAUAUCAUACUUCGAAACGGGGUCUAUUCGAAAGGCAGGAGGCUUCUAGGAGACUUGAGCCUAAUUUGGAGGCAACCGUUGGUAAUGCAGAUUGUCUUGGAUAAAUAACAAAACGAAAUGAUUCAGUACCAAACAAAUGGUAAUGAGGGUCCUUAUCAUAGGUAUCCUAAUUUUUUCAAUUCUGCACUGUUCUUGAAUUUCUUAUUUUAAAGGCAAGUCAUUUAGUGGGUUCCAAGAGAUCAGUUCUACACGUCCGCUACUUAAUUCCUUAUCGGAGGCUUCACCAACAGCCAACGUUCUUAUCCCACGUCGUGAUAGUUCCGACGUCUGUUCAAAAGGUUAUGUUGGGACCUCUACCGUUGGCCCUAGUCUUGAUGGUCAGGAUUCAAAUAAACCCCGGCUGAACUAUCAAGCGAUAGUCUCGCCAAUGCCAUUGCUACUGGACAGCGUUGCAGGCAGCGUAGCCUCGGUUCCAGCCUACCUCUACGAGGAAGACGCAGCGGCAGAAUCAUCAUCAACGCACUCCUCUAUCUCCUACUCCAGAAAACCCACAACAAGUGAGGUAUCCAUUGAAAACCCGAAGUUGGAUGGCUAUUCCUCGAAUGAAGACCAAUUUGUCUAUAAUAACUUUGGCGCCUCUCUUAUAACGCCUCCGCAAGCGCCCAAUCCUUUGUCUGACAAAGAUGCGCUGAAUCCGGUCAGUGGAAAACUAGCCAUGGGAAACUCUUUGGUGAUUAAAGCCAAGAAAGAUUGUGGUCUAAUUGACGUUGGACAUGUAAGCCCAUUUACGGUGACGAACUCAACGACCUCUGACUUAUGGGAACAAGCACCGGAUUCUCUGUUGGGCCCUUCGCCGCCAGUUCGCUGGCGUGUGCUAGGUGACUCUUUCCUGAUUGAUGAGGAAAAAAUAAGUUCUGUAUGA